AUGCAGGCCUCUACCUGCUUCUUAGUAAUCUGUCUUCUCCUUUUGUCUUCCUUCUCAUCUUUCUCCGUAGCUCUAUCUCAUUCCGAAGCCUCGUUCAUUGCUCGACGCCAACCAUUGUCCCUUGAAAAGAAUGUGAAUUUGCCAGAUUACUUCGAAUUGAAAAUUGAGCUUAACGUUACCUUUCCCAAUCCAAGGCUUCGAAAAGCAUACAUUGCACUUCAAGCAUGGAAAAAAGCUAUACGUUCAGACCCUUUCAAUAGCACAGGGAACUGGGAAGGGCUAAGAGUUUGUGAUUACAAUGGUGUCUUUUGUGCUCCGGCUCUUGAUGACCCAAAACAAAACGUUGUAGCUGGAAUUGAUCUCAACCAUUUUGACAUUGUCGGCUAUCUUCCUGUGGAGUUGGGUCUAUUGACAGACAUUGCUCUAUUUCACAUCAAUUCCAACAGGUUCAGUGGGAUUAUUCCUAAAAGUUUCUCGAGGCUAACUCUUCUCCAUGAGCUAGAUGUGAGCAACAACCGUCUCGUUGGACCUUUCCCAGAAGUUGUUAUAUCAUUGCCUUCACUUAAGUACCUUGAUAUUAGAUAUAAUGAUUUCGAGGGUGGAUUGCCACCUGAGGUUUUCGAAAAGGAUCUUGAUGCGUUGUUCUUGAACAACAAUAGGUUCACAUCAACAAUUCCUGAAACUCUUGGAUCAUCCCCUGCUUCUGUUGUGGUGAUUGCCAAUAACAAGCUAACAGGCUGCAUUCCAAGUAGCAUUGGCAAGAUGGGCAGCACAUUGAACGAAUUUGUUUUCUUGAACAACAGCCUUUCAGGUUGUUUACCGUCCGAGAUUGGAAAACUUGGAAAUGCAACAGUUCUUGACGUUGGCUCAAAUUCAUUCAGUGGGGUAUUGCCAAGGUGUUUCAAAGGUCUGAGUCAGGUCGAGCGCCUUGAUGUUUCCCACAACCUGCUUACAGGUUUUGUUCCUGAAGGAAUAUGUAAAUUGCCUAACUUGGUGAACUUCACAUUCUCAUAUAACUAUUUCAAUGGCGAGGCACAAGCGUGCAGCCCACCAAAGAGAAAGGACAUUACCAUGGAUGACACGGGCAAUUGUUUACCAGACAGGCCUAAUCAGAAAUCACCGAAAAUAUGCCACCCAGUUGUGAGCAAACCUGUUGAUUGCAACGAGGCAAUGUGUGGAGGAUCACCAUCCAGUUCGUCCUUGCCAAAGCCAUCUCCACAACCAUCACCAUCACCUAAGGCACAUCCGCCAAAGGUACCAAAGCCAGCACCUUGUCCACCUAAAUUAAAAUUGCAUCCAAAACCAGCUCCAGCUCCUGCACCAGCACCUACUGAUGAUCCUCAUGAAGAAUCACCAAUCAGCCAUUCUACUUCAUCUCCACCUCCAUUAGUCUAUUCCCCACCUCCUCCUGCUUACUCUUCGCCACCAACAGCUCAUUUAGCACCUCCACUGGUUCACUUACCUCUGCCGCCAGUUCAUUCUCCACCAACAGCAGCUCCAGUUCCAGCACCAGCACCUGCUGAUAAUCCUUCUGACAAAUCACCAGUCGACCAUUUUCUUUCAUCCCCUCCUCCACUAAUCCGUUCCCCGCCUCCUCCAGUUCACUCUCCACCACCACCAAUUCAUUCACCACCUCCUCCGGUUCACUCUCCACCUCCACCUGUUCAUUCCCCACCACCACCUGUCCAUUCCCCGCCUCCUCCUAUGGUCUCUCCACCACCACCAGUCCAUUCCCCACCUCCUCAUAUGGUCUCGCCACCACCUCCAAAGGUCGUUGUUCCACCAAAUCUCGGCUUCUCAUACUCAUCGCCACCUCCACCAACGUUUGCAGGAUACUAAAAACACUUGAAAUCAUUUCAACUUUCUUUUUUUUUAAAAAAAACCUUUUAUGAUAGUUUUACAUCAUAUGGCCACUUUUGUUAGUCCGUAGUUUUAACUCUGGUAGUCUAUAAAAUGUAA